GUUGCCUGGCAACGGAGGAACGUGGCCUUGUUUUGACAAAAACAAAACCCGGACAGAUAGGUGCUUCUCUUAGUUGAUCUGCCUACUGUAUUAAAGCAUCAAAAUUCCUGAUAUAGAAGAUAAAAGGUGUUUCAGACCUGCAAACUCACACUUAGCUGAAAAUAUGGCAAUGGGAGAAAUGCCCCAGCCAUCCUAUGAGCAUAUGGAAGAAAACCGGUCCAGAAGGCAGACUCUCCGAAUGCCCUUGAAACUCUUGGAUCCCGGCCGGUCGAAACUGACUACUGUGGAGACCAAGAGGAUCAUAUCUGUGUUGGAUGAGACCAUCUUUAAAGUGGAGUUGGUCAGUGCAUUUUCUCAUGUUAUUGAAAACCUCGAGGAACUUAGCCCAGCACUGGGACCUGAACUUACAGAAGCUCUUAAGGAACAUCAGCGUCUUUCCAAUGUUAUGGAAGCUAUUCUCGCGCACCUUGAAGAAGAAGGGAUUUUGCAGAAGGGUACUAGCAAAGGGGUUGUGUAUGGUGCUGAAGAUCCAGCAGGACAUCUUGAUUUGCAUACCCAAGGCUUAAGAAACUCUGUCCGAAAUAUUGUGCGCCUGUGCUAUGCCAAUCCCAUAGCUUGUCAGGCAGUAAGAGAUAUUGCCCACAUGAGGCAUCCAUCAAACAGCCAGUUCAUUAAAUGCCUCUCGGACCUCAGAGGAUUCUUGUUUGAGAGGCUUCUGACAACCCCGUUAGAAGAAAGAGAGAAAAAUCAGUUUCUGGAUGAAAUCUCUAAGCGAGACAAGAAGAAUACAGAGAUGAUAGCUGCUUUGGAGGAGGAACUGGCUGCCGCAAUCCAAAAUCGUGAUGAUGAGAUCUCCAGGAAGAAUGCUGCAAUCAAGGACCUUAAAGUUCGCUUGCACAAUCUGUCCAAAUGCUCUGAAAGCCAAACCCAGCGCCUCCGGACCGAUACAGAGAAGCAACAGAAGGCAGAGCUGCGUUCAUCCCAGACCAAGUGCUCCAAAUUACAGCAGGAGUUGAAUCAGCUCAGAGCCCAACUGAAUGCCCUCAUCACUGAGGAUCGAGAGUCAGAGCUGGCUCUCCGAAAGAAGAAAUACAAAGUGGAGAUGGAGAUUGAGAACUGGGUACAGAAGUAUGACAUGGAGAUGCUGGAAAAGCAGGAGGAGAUCGAAGAGAUUGAGGCAGCCUACAUGGUGGAGAAGGAGCAGCUGGAGGAGCUGAGGGAGAAGUUUGCCCUGCUAGAUCAAGAAUACAGCCAGAUCAAAGAGGAGAGGAGGGUGAAGCAGGAGCAGAAGGAAAAAGCCGAGAAGGAGCUGGCCAUCUUGGUCCGAGCCGCCACUCUCAUCCAGGCCAUGUGGAAGGGCUACCUGGUGAGGUCGCUCUUGCGGACCAAAAGGAAGAAGAAGGGCAAAGGGAAGAAGGGGGCCAGGAGGUGAGCCUCCGCCUGUUCUGGGGUCUUCGAUGCCAAUGGCUGAGCCUCACUUUGAUCAUCUGAGAAAGUCAUGUCAGGCUCCCAGUAAACGUUUCAUCACUUUUAUGUUUAAUAAAACAUUUUCUCUCUUUCUCUGUUUGUGUGGAGAAGAUGUGAGUAAGGAAUCUUUUUUGGCCCACUGGUCCUGGCCAGGAAUCUGAAG